AUGCAGCUAAAGGCUCUUUUCGCAACUAUCCUCCUCACCGAAACAGUGCUGGCGCAAGGCCUGCCGAUUCGAGUAGUCUCCUUCAACAUUCGCUACGACGCUGGCUCUCGUGAAACAGGCGAGAAGCCAUGGUGGGAUCUCUUCUGCUCAAUCUCAAAGAACCGGUGCCGUCAACCUCACGUCAUUGACGCCAUCUCCAAGGCCGCCUCCGGCGCACCGUCUGGUGCCGUCACCGUCGUUGGUCUCCAGGAAGUCCUCGAUAACCAACUGAAAGACAUCCAAAGCGGCCUCGGCUCCGGCUGGGCUCAUAUCGGUGUUGGGCGCGACGAUGGCAAGAAGUCUGGAGAAUACAGCCCGAUUUUCUAUCGCACCGACGCGCUCAAGUUGGUGUACGAGGAGACGAAGUGGCUGUCGCCCACGCCAGACCAAGUGUCUUUCGGUUGGGGCGCCGGCAGUAGACGCAUCGUCACCAUUGCUGUUUUCGAGCACAUCGCCAGUGGGAAAAAGUUUAUCCAUGCCAACACACAUCUGGACAAUGUUAGCUCCCAAGCCCGCUCCGAGGGAAUCAAGGUUGUCGUGUCGAAAAUCCAAGCCGUGCAGACGACAUAUGGCCCUCUGGGUGUCUCGCUGACCGGCGACUUCAACUCGGACCCCAAUGGCGAUGCAUACAAGACGCUGUCGGGAUUGGGCUUUGUGGAGGAGCUGUAUAAUCUGGCUACACCAGACCAAAGGGCUGGUACCAACCAGCUGACGUACACUUCGUUCGAUACUACCAAACAGGGUAGCCGCAUCGACUUUAUCUGGCUAGGACCCAAGGCUGCGAAAAAGUACUCGGUCCAGCGGUAUGAGAUCCUUAACAACAACGUUGAUGGUAUGCUCAUUAGCGAUCAUCGUCCUGUCGUUGGAGACGUUACCCUCUUGUCGUAG